CUUCGGGCGUGGGUCUCGGUGAAACCAUGGAGGACCAGCUCCUGGGGGAGGACGCGCUGCUCUGGCAGCUCCGGGACAGCCGCCGCCGCUUCCAGAGGCACAUGCAGCGACUGAUAGAAAAGUACAACCAGCCCUUCGAGGAUGCCCCGCUGGUGCAGAUGUCCACGCUGACCUAUGAGACACCCCAGGGAUUGAGAAUUUGGGGCGGAGGACUAGUAAAGGAGAGAAACAAAGGACACAUCCAGGACUCCCCAGUCGAGACGGUCAGCAGGAGUGGUGGCAGCCCCGCGGAGGCGAGCGCCAGAGGUCCGGCGCCUCCCGUGCCCGGCACACGGGUCCUGGCAGUGGAUUCAAAAAGCAAUGAUGAUACAUCUUUAUAUCAGGAAGAUGUGAUUGCUGGGUCCUUCAUGCCCGCAGUGCCUUGGAGCCCUUUGAAAAACGAGUUAAGGAGGAAAUACCUGACCCAAGUGGAUGCACUGCUCCAGGAUGAAGGGUGUUCAGAGUGUACCGAUGACGGAGAUGGAGAGGACACCCGUGUGACACCGACCCCUUCCUGGGCCUCACCUGCCAGGCCUGCCCAUGGAAGCCGUGGCUGUGUGUCUGGAAGGAGUCCUGGCGGCCCAGUCAAGCCAGCUUCACUUCCCAGAGAGUGUGAUCCUUCACACCCCUGCUCGGCAGACCUGGCCAUCGUGCCUAGAAGUGACAGUCUCUCGUUACCGGGGGCCGGGGGGAACAGCUCCUCAAGCAGCCCAGCCUUCGAGGCCGACAACAUCUGUGAUGUGACGAUCAGCGACCUGUACGCGGGCAUGCUGCACUCGAUGAGCCGGCUGCUGAGCACAAAGCCGUCGUGCAUCAUCUCCACCAAAACAUCGUUCAUCGCUCACAGCUGGAGCUCCAGAAGGAGGCACAAGUGUAAGAACAGAAUGAACAGGACGCAUUGCCGAGGAGGCGGGCCCUCUCGAAGGGGUUCCCAGGAGACACUCCCACCCUGUUCUGAGCCACUGAGGGACGGGGAAGUGUUAAGAGAUUGCGAGAACUUACUAGAUGCUUCUGACCAGAAGGUGGGUUUAAAAUUGGAAAAAGCUUUCCCUGAAGUAAACAAACCCGAAAUCUGCGAAUUAGAUCCAAGUUGGAAGGAGCUUAAGGGGUUGCGGAGUUUAAUGCCCCGGAGGUGUUCUUCGUUGACAUACGGAGGAGCCAGUGCAGUGCAUCAUCGUGGUCAGGAAAAUAGACUUAUGGCACUAAAAUGGUUAAUUUCUCCUGUGAAAAUCAUUUCCAGACCCAGAAUACUGCCAGACAAGGGAGGGAAUCGUUACAGGGAAAUUGAAAUCAAGUUUGAUAAGCUUCAUCAGGAAUAUUGCCCACGUCCCGGGAAGCAGCCCUGCCUGACUUGCCUCCCGGGACCCUCGGCUGUGGCCGUGUAUGGGGGCGAUCCCGCGAGCUUCGACUCCCGCGGGCUCAGCGGACCUUUCAGCAGAGCAGAAGCUAGGAGGUUCCAUGAGGCUUUCGGAGACCUGGGUGAACGAGCUAUUGGAGCAGCGAGAUGCCCACCGAAGAGGGGUGCCCGUCCCUCGCUUUCAGAGACCAGCUCCGUGCAGGGCCCAGGCUGCUCGGAGCAGACACUUGACCUUCUUUUUCAAGCAAACGGUCUUGGGACACUUGGAAAGUCCGUAUCACCCAGCAAAGCUGCUUCCGUAGCAGGCGGACAGCCUCUGCUCUGUGGAAGGAGUCGUUACAACGAGAUAAAGGAAAAAUUUGACAAGUUCUAUCAACAGUAUUGCCGACAGUCACCGCGGCGGAUCCAGGCCCCUUUACGUAGCGGAACAUCCCCAGAGAGAGCAAGUGUGCAAGUUCAGUGUCCCAAAGGAGGCACCCUGGAAAAAUCAGACCCAGACGCUGGCUUCCAGGAUCCCCCGAAGCUGUCAGCAUCACCCCAGUGGAGCGUAGAAAGUCCUCUGGGCUCGACCACACUUGAGGCCCAACCGUCGAUGUGCUUUGGGCUCGCUGCCGGGAGGGGCCUCCAGUCCCCUCCGAAGAGACGCCGAUUAUCAGAUUCCCUGCUGUAUGAACAGUGGGCCAACUCCCAGCAUCCAUCGCGUGUGCUGGGCCGAGCCAUCGAGCAGCCAGCUCCCGACAGCCCCCCCGGGAAAAGAAGGAAAGAACACAUCUUUCGAGAUGGAAGAGAAAAGUGACUUUGUACUUAGAAAAAUUGAACGCUGAAGAUGUAUAACCAAGUUAUUUUUAAGAGUUUGUCCCUCUUCCCCCUUACUGUGUGUGUAUGUUUAAUCCUCAAGAAUAUGUGAGAACUGGCUUCACUUAUCUGCCCUUCAAAGCAAAUUUCAGUGAAACUGGUCCCAUUGAAAUGACUCUGAGUUCUUGGUAUAGAAAUUAUUUGAAUAAAGUUGCUCAACUAAAA